GGCCGGCUCCACUAGCACGUGGCCUUCGACCACCGCCUCCCUCCGCUGCGCACUCCAUCUCUCCAGGUCGCCCGUAUGGGCGUAUGGGUAAUGGUCCGACCAAUUUCUUUUCCUCAUGUGUCCGCUCAGCCACCUGCAUCGUUGCCUCGCGCCUACCCCAGAGCCACCCCUCGUGUGCCUGUCCUUCCGCACUGCUCUGUCCGCUGACGUGCCUCCUCCUCCUACUAGGGUUAGGGCACUUGUCGCAGGGACCCAUUGCGUUCGGCACAGUGCGGAGGCCGUUGGGGGCCAGCACUAUGUGCCUCUGCCGCCGUGUGAUCUAGAUGCUCCUGGACGUCUCCCUUGCCUAUGCGCUGGUUGUAUUGUUCCUCGAAUCGCCUUCAUCAAGUCCGGGAAGGCCGAGGUGGAUCCCACGGUUGAGCCUCGCCGAUGCACAGCUCUUAAUUUUGUGCUGGAACUGAAUGCCCUUAAGUCCAUAGAGAUAGGGCUAACAGAAGAGAUGGCGCCUAACUUGCUGCAGAACGAUAUGGUUAUGCAGUUUGGUCUGCUAGGUCUCCACUUCAUUGAGCUUGUUCGUUGCAGACAAAAUUUGUCCAGGAAAAAAUGUCAUCGUUUAUGAAGUUAGGUGGUGGUUCACAGAAGCUCUUGAUUAGCAGAUAUUGUCAUGGGCUCAUGACCCACUAUGAAGCUAUUGCUACCCAGAAGACUAGAAAUAUAUCAUCCCCUUCUAAGGUAUUCAUUUCUAAAAGUAUGCUUCAGUAGCACCGACCGGUGACCGCUUAGCCCAUCACUUAAACAUGAUUUCUGUUGAGAUUUCGAAGCCAACUCAUUAUAUAUAGUUAGAACUUGCGUGUGAUCUUAACUAAACCACCUCCCUUCAGACUUACGUGUGAUCUUAGUCUGUCAAUAUGGCAUGUAUGGUGAAUCUUACCUACUCAUUCUUGUGAAUUCUGCUCAAUUCAAAGGAACCACAUGAAAAUGAAUCUUUUACGGAUAAUAAUCACAGAGCUAAUGCUCGCCAGGUUCACCAUUUCAGAGAGGGAAUGCUACUGCCUCUACUUCUGAUACAGAUGACGCUUAUGUACAACCUGCUACUUUGUCUCGGUCACUAAAGGGUCCAUCAGUUUGUCCGGCUUUGCCUCCUGCGUGUAACCUUGUCACAGCCUGACAAGACACCACUAAGUGCAGUGUGGCUCCGCCCCUAAGUUAACAUGUUGCUAUAAAUGUUUCCUUUUUCUCUAAAAGGAUAGGAAGUAUCUCAUUUGCCCACUAUGUUGGGUUCCUGUUCCUCUAGCUUAGAUUUAUCUUCAGGUAAUGUUUCCAUAUCCAUAUGCAUUUGUUUCAACUUUCAGCUGCAGAGCAUAUGUAGAUAUCUAAACAUGGCUAGGAAAUGUAGAUAGAUUCACUUGAACUAUGUUAUAUCAACGAGAUGGACUACAUAGUAAAAACUACAUGUUCAUCUGAAUCAUUUUCUCAUCAUUGCUUAAGUACUUACCGAUGCAGCAUAAGAAGUAAAACUAUGCAGAAGCUACCAAUGUUAUCUGACCACAGUUUAAUCCGUGUCCUAUCGAAUAUUUGUCUUUUAAGAAAAAAACACCUCAUCAACAAUGGCUGCAAGCGUAAGAUUUAUUUUGGUUAACUUUGCAUGUGUCAUAUACAUCCCCGUUUACAGUGAAUUCAUAUGUCAAUUUCUUUUUGUGGAUGAAACAUGACAUAGGGAAUAUUUAUGGAGCUUUUAUACUCACAUUCUUGUAUUUGAUGUUUGCAUCCUCGUGAAACCUGGAGUUUGAACACAUGGACUGGGAGAGGUGGAUCCAUUGGAGCAGGCACAGGUGGACUGGGAGAUACGAAGCCCACCUCUGGGACAACAGCUGCAGGAAGGAUGGGCAGACUAGAAAAGGCAAACAAGGGUUUGCCAUGACUGAAUGUGAUUGGUUGCAUGCUCCACAUAGUAUAUCUAGGUGGUUACGACACCGAAGACAAGACAACGAGGGCUUACGAUCUGGCUGCUCUAAAAUACUAGGUCCAGCUACUCACGUCAAUUUCCCCGUAGAAAACUAUCGAGAUGAGCUCGAGGAGAUGAAAGGCAUGACAAGGCAAGAAUUCGUUGCGCAUCUGAGAAGGAGAAGCAGUGGAUUUUCUCGAGGCGCUUCCAUCUACCGAGGGGUGACGAGGCACCACCAGCAAGGAAGAUGGCAGUCUCGGAUUGGAAGGGUCGCUGGAAACAAGGAUCUAUACCUCGACACUUUUAGUCGGCUUCACGAAGCUGUCCAGGAGAAGGAACAUGGAUUGGACUCACUUGGUAGGAUUCCUUGCUACAUUUGUGCUUUGUUUUCUAGAACCCAUAGCAAGUUAAGGAAUUCUGGCUGGAUUUUCUAGAACAACAUAUAUUGUAUGCUCAUUAAUUAUCGUGAUAGUCUCAUGCACACCUAAAGUAUUUUAUUACUAUUGCCCCAAUCUGC